AUGCCGUUCCAAGGAGAUGACUCCGAGCUUAGUAAACAAGCACCAUCGCAGACAUUAAAUACCGGUCAGCUGCCAAUUGCGCCACCAACUCAACAAAUCGGGACACAUCUGCCCGAAUUCCACGUAGACGCAACUAUGGCACCACGAAUAAAUCCACCGAACAUGAGUGACACAAACAUAGAGUCGUAUUUUUUGUCCCUAGAAUUCUGGUUUGCGGCCACGGGAGUUUCACAUGAUGGUAGAAAAUACAACCUCGUUAUGGCACAGGUACCACCAAACAAAUUAACUGAAUUAAGGGCAAUUAUCGACGCCACACCAGCACAAAAUCGAUACGACUAUAUUAAGAGUAAACUUAUUUCCCAUUUUGCGGAUAGCCAGCAGAGACGCGUGCAACGUGUCUUGUCCGACAUGCCCUUAGGGGAUCUCAAGCCCAGCCAACUCUUCAAUGAGAUGAGAUUGGUGGCCGGCAACGCCCUAUGCGAAACAGUUUUACUGGAUUUAUGGGCCUCGCGCUUACCUCCGUAUGCUCAAGCCGCAGUUAUCGCGUCUAAAGGCGAUGUUGCAGACAAGGUGACAAUUGCAGAUGCUAUAGUCGACUCGUUAAGUUUUCGCCAAGUUAACAUGGUAGGCAGCAUAUCGCCAUCUCAAGUAAAUCCACCCCCACCAGGUGAAAGAGAAGCAGUGACACUGGAAUCGUUACAAAAAGAAAUCUCUCAGCUAACAAAGCAAUUCCAGUCAUUGGCAAGUCGACGCUCCAGAAGUCGAAGCCAAAGCAGAUCGAGGAAUCAACGUAACAACCGCAGUGAAAGCACGUCCGCAACUGGUUUAUGCUGGUACCACGAACGUUAUGGCGCAAACGCCCGCAAGUGCAAAAGCCCUUGCAACUACAACACUCAGCAGUCUCACCAAUGA